CCGAAGCUGCCGGAAAGAAUGAGGAAGAAGACUUUAUCGGAAGCGCGCGGCGCGUCAGGGCGGAUAUAGGGACCGUACUAUCAAUCAUUUCACUGGCAUGUUUUGAGUCCCUAAGUUACUGUCAGUGGACUAGCUGUAAAAUGUCCGCUGUAAACCCACCUGUAAAUGACCGAUAUAUUUUUCGUCGCCGUGAAUUUGAAGAGCUGCCGUCAUACAACCAGAGAGGAUGGCAUACUCCUCAAGCUGUCCGCGGUGCGAGGCAGACCGCACUACACCACCAGCGUCACCGGGGUGAUGCCGACGGGACCCUACUUCGACCUCCAGGUGAUCCCAGCACCAGAUGGCCCCACGUAGAUGACCCCACCACUAGAGAGCCUCAGCUGGACGACUGUGAGCGUAUGGGGACUCUCUUUGGGAUGCUCAACAAGUGUCUGCGGGGGAUGGGCUUCAGCCAGAUGUACUUUGGGGAGAAGAUAGUGGAACCAGUAGUGAUUGCCUUCUUCUGGCUGCUGCUCUGGUUCCUGGGUAUCCAGGCUCUGGGACUGGUGGGAACUCUGUGCAUCAUCAUCAUCUACAUCCAGAAGUAAUGAGAGCUCAUAAUCAGAGUGGAGCCUGCUGUUUUCUGUAAUUAAUGCUUACAUGCAGGACUCUUGGCUUAGCACUUUUCUAGAAAUGGUUUGUUCAGCCAGCAAAGGUCCAAAGCUGGGUCCAAUCUUCAGGCUUGUCUGGAGCUUUGCCUGCCUCAGUGACAGGAUUGGUGCAGUCAUGCUUCCUCUGUUAUUGUUUGGAUCAGAAGCUACAGUCCCAGCAGUGAGGAACCAGAACUGCACAUAUCUGUGCAUAUCUGGAGUGUUUUAAUUGAGACCUUUGCUAACAUACUAAUGUGGUGUGCAAAUGUAGCAUUAAUAUGACUCUUAUAAUCAAUCAUAAGAAACAGUGUCUGAAUGUAAAGCUGACCUACUGUACAGAGGGCUGUUAUGUGUCCUUUGUCAUAAAUACUAUGGAUGCACAAUAUAUUGAUGGCUGAUAAAAGAGAGAAUGGAGUUCUUGUUAUUGGUCAAAUAAUGGUGGUUCAGCUGGUAAUGUUGACUUUUUACCGUAGCUGUGCAAACGAACGUUUUCAAAUGAAACUUUGUAUGUCUGUCAUCACAUUUUAUGACCUAAUCACCCUAAAAAAAGUCAGAUCAUUUUAUCAGAUUCACACUCACAAGUGUUCCAAACAUCGUUCUAAAUUAACUUUAUAAAUUGAGAAAAUGUAAAAUCCACUCAUGCCAUAAAAAGUGCUCAAACAGUGAAA